AUGGUCCAGAAACGGCGGGGUAUGUUCCGGAUGUGGAAUAUCGUCCUGAUCAACGUCGCCUUUGGACUCGCCCUUUAUGGCAUGUUUAUGAACCGGGGCGGGCCGGUGCCCUCGGUCCAUUCCUUUGGCGCUUCCAACCUGGGCUGGGUGUUCCUGCUCUUCCUGGCGGUGGGAGUGAUCGUCCCCUUUGUUGUCUUCUUCUGGCGGUACCACCUGCUGAAGAGCGCCCAAAACCUGGAUUCCAUGCUGUCCCGCGAGGCCGCUUUUCUGGUCAACAACAUCCUCUUGCUGGGCAUCGCCUUCGUUACCCUCUGGGGCACGGUGUAUCCCCUGUUCGCCAGGCUCGGCGGGGGUGAGGAGAUAACCAUUGCCCGUCCCUUCUACGAUCAGGUCAACGGCCCGCUGAUGCUGGUCCUGGUCCUUUUGAUGGGCGUGGGCCCGCUGCUGCCCUGGCGUCGCGCCAACUGGGCCAGCCUGCGUCGCGCGCUGCUGUUUCCGGCCUCCGCGGCGGCUAUAAUUACAGUUUUUUUGGCGGCGCUGGUUACGCGUCAGCCCUUUGCCCUCAUCGGAUUCGGCCUUUGUGCCUUUGUGUCCUCUGGAAUCCUCCUGGAAUGGUGGCGCGGUAUGCGGGCCCGCCAUCGCACCUCCGGAGAGAUUUAUCCGCUGGCUCUCCUUCGGCUGAUUGCGGGUAACCGUCCCCGGUAUGGCGGCUACAUCGUCCACCUGGCGGUGGUGAUGGUGGCCCUGGGAGUUUUGGGCGGCUCGCUUUUUGACCUUCAGCGUGACGUGGUGCUGGCCCCGGGCGAUAGCUAUGCGAUUGCCGGGUACGAGUUGCGCUAUCUGGAGACUUCCCAGGCCAUCAAGUCCGACCGCACCGAGUAUAUAUCCACCCUUGAGUUGUACCGGGACGGGGCGCUGCUCGAGGAGAUGCAGGCUCGCCGGAGUUUCUACCCCUCGUUCAACAUGGCUUCAACGCUGGCGGCAAUCCGGUCCACGCCCGUUGAGGACUUUUACGCGGUUCCCAGCGAGAACCUGCCCGACGGCUCGGUGGGCUUCCGCAUCCUGGUGAAUCCGCUAAUCUGGUGGAUGUGGGUUAGCCGGUCCGGUAAUGAUCCUCGGCACGGUGGUAGCGUUGUGGCCGGAAGGGCAAGGGAACAGAACCCGCAAAGACUAAGGGAAAAGGCUCCGCAAAGACUCGGGGAACCGGCCAGCGUUUUAACGAUGUCUGAUGCUGACAGUCCGGCGGCAGUAGCACCCAAUUCGGGCGAAACCGGACCAACUCCGGCAUGA